UGAAGAGUUAAUAGGAAGAUGGCAGAAGUCGCUCCAGCUCCCGCCGCCGCUCCGGCCAAGGCAGCCAAGAAGAAAGCGGCACCUAAGCCGAAGAAAUCGGGCCCCAGUGUCGGGGAGUUGAUUGUGAAGGCUGUGUCCGCCUCCAAAGAAAGAAACGGCGUGUCUCUUGUCGCUCUGAAGAAGUCUCUGGCAGCCGGUGGCUACGACGUGGAGAAGAACAACUCCCGCGUAAAGCUAGCAAUUAAGGCUCUGGUGACCAAAGGGACUCUGCUUCAGACCAAGGGAACUGGCGCCGCUGGCUCCUUCAAGCUGAACAAGAAGGAAAGCGAAACCGUCAAGAAGCCCGCGAAGAAAGCCGCUCCUAAAGUCAAGAAACCAGCAGCAAAGAAACCCGCGGCGGCGAAGAAGCCUAAGAAGGCGGCGUCCUCAGCACCCAAGAAGCCGGCAGCACCCAAGAAGCCGACAGCCGCCAAAAAGUCUCCCAAGAAGGCAAAGAAGCCGGCGGUAGCCAAGAAAGCGACCAAGAGUCCCAAGAAGGCGAAAAAGCCGGCGGCAGCAAAGAAGGCCACCAAGAGCCCGAAGAAAGUAAAGGCAGCCAAGCCUAAAGUCGCUAAACCCAAGGCUACCAAAGCCAAAAAAGCCGCUCCCAAGAAGAAGUGAAGGGACAGCUGCUGAUUUCCAAACCUUGGAGAACAAAAAGGCUCUUUUAAGAGCCACCCACUGAUCUCAGAAGUAGAGCUUUAUCUGGAUUUAUUUAUAUUUUAUCAUUUUCAAAUGUGUAUCGUAGUCGGGUAAAUAUGACACAACAGUUAUUUGUUCCCAUUAAAGCUGCAGUGUGUUCACAUUAGCAUGCAUACACGAAGUCAUAAUAUGAUGAGAUGCGAGAUACAAUGAUCCUGGUUUCCCAUGUUUCCCCUCGUUUGGUCUCGAUUCUCGUAUCACUGAGUAAACCUUCGCCAGGUGACCUCAGGCGUGUGGGUGCCUCGUGCUGUUCAAGUAAAUCCGAAAUGUAUUUACGUCCGAGGGAAUCCCAAAGCAGUAUUUCAAAAUCAAUCAUAUACUGCACUUUCUUGUUGUUAGUGAGGAAUCUGGCGGCAUUCCGGAGGAACUGCGGCUGUCUGAUAAUUUUUUGCCACGAAUAAGUGUUAUUCUAAAAGCUAUUGUGUGUUGUUUAGGCAAAAAAUCUUUAAUUCUUGCUUUGUUUGUAAGGUGGUAGUGCGCUGAUUUUGUAAUUGACCUCAUGCAGCUGUC